AUGGCUGACGACUAUGAGCGUUUCGUAUCCUUCGAUUGGGCUGAUGAGCGCUGGCGAGCCUACUUGAAUGGUCUGCACCCGCCACCUACACAGGAGCAAAUCGUGAAAUACAAGAAGAAGUGGUACAAGAAGCACGUCGACCCCAACUUCGACGACCGCUAUGUGCCGCCCUCGGAGCCUGCCCCGACGACGGAGGCGGAGCAGCGCGCGGAGGAUUUGGGUCCGCUACCCAAGGGCCUUUACCACGACGGGUCCAGGUGGGCGGACAUUGGCCAGAAGUCCAGCAUCUGCUUCGGAGCUUAUGCUGUCGCCUUGGUUAUGGUUGUUGGCUGCUGGGCAGGCGUCUUCCCUGCCUAUCAGGCUGUGAUCAUUCUAGUUGUAUCCUUCCUCUUGGAGAUCAUCGCAAAGUACGGGCUCAAGAUGACGAAGGCUUACAUGCACCACGUGCUGCUGGAUGAUGUUGGCAUCAUGCCCAUCAUGUCUGCGACGGUUCUGAUGCCGGGCAUUCAUCCGAAGGUGAGGCAGUUCGCUGUGCUGCCGCUCUUCCUGACG